AUGGCCGAUGCCGCGAGAACAUCCCGCCUGACCGAGAACAAGCGGCGCUAUCGGGCCCGCCGGAAGGAGUAUGUGGCGGAUCUAGAACGCAGGCUGGAAGAAAUGCGAGUGCAGGGGAUAAACGCGACGGCGCAGGUUCAGCUAGCGGCGCGCAAGGUUGUCGCAGAGAACGGGCGACUCCGGGAACUCCUGCAACUCGCCGGCUUUACCGCAGAAGACAUUGACCUGUGGGCGAAGAGCGAACACGCUGACUACAAGGGGUUGGCCAUGCAACGGGAGAAUGCUGCAUCACCGCAGAAAGACGAAGGGAAGAGGAGGAUCAAAACAGCCGGCACUCUCCCGGGAUGCACAGGUACUUCAUCCAACGCCAUGGAGCCGGUCGUCACGCCCAAGUCGCAUCAGAGUCCACAUUCGAUGGCAGAAACGGCCACUUGCCCAUCGCCAUGCAAACUUCUUUCGCUUCUCGCCGAGAAUCCGAGCGCGGAUAUCACGCAAGUCACGGCCCAUCCAAGGUCGAUUGACCCUCCUGCGGCUACUACACAGGAUGAGGGGGGGGACGUCGAGUGCGGGAAGGCUUAUGAGAUGCUCAUGCAAUAUGCGACAUCCGAGAAGAAAAUGGACUACAUCGCUCGGGCAUUGGAAGCCGGCUGCACCCCGACUAAACCGGGUGCUUGCGCUGUGAAGAAGAAAGUUAUUUGGGAAGCUCUUGACAACAUGUGUGGAUGA